AUGCCACGGACGGGUCGUUUGGUGCACUUGCGCUUUUCCCAGACAUCGCGCAACUUCUGCUCCGCCGCGGCGCACCCGUCUCUCGCGCGCGGUUUCCUUUCACUUUUGAGCGUCACCCCCCCCCCCCCUCCCUUUUUUCUCCGCGCCCCCCCCCCAUCCGUCUGCAACCGCUCCGACAUGCACGCGGGUCGCCGCCGCGGGAUUCGGCGCACGAACUUUGCCAAAGACGAGCGCCAGGGCGCACAGGAUUCCGGGCGCGGACUGCGCGUUUUCGCGCAACUUCGCCGAGCAGGUAUAGCCGACUACUCCGGGCUAUGGACAAUGGAUACGCUGAGUUUGUCAGUUAACGCGGUGUCCUACACCGUGGCAACUGAGAUCCCCAGCGCCGACGACCCGUUCAACGGACCCAUCAGGAACAUCGCCCCGUGGAACUUUACUGUCCUGGCCGUUGUCAUGUUCAUGGUCACCUCGCUGUCCCUGACCGAGAAUUUCCUGGUGAUGUUUGUCACUUUCAAGUUCAAACAGCUCAGACAGCCUCUGAAUUACAUCAUAGUGAACCUGGCCAUUGCCGACUUUCUUGUCUCCCUCACGGGCGGACUGAUAAGUUUCCUGACAAACGCGCGGGGUUAUUUCUUCCUCGGGAAGUGGGCUUGUGUCUUGGAGGGCUUUGCCGUUACUUUUUUCGGGAUCGUGGCCCUGUGGUCUCUGGCUGUUCUGUCUUUUGAGCGCUUCUUCGUGAUCUGCCGGCCGCUGGGGAACAUCCGACUGCAGCCCAAGCACGCCAUCCUGGGUCUGCUUUUCGUGUGGAGCUUCUCCUUCAUCUGGACCUUCCCACCGGUGCUGGGCUGGAACAGAUACACGGUCAGCAAGAUCGGAACCACCUGCGAGCCCGACUGGUAUUCAACCAACAUUACAGAUCACAGCUACAUCAUCACUUUCUUCGCCACCUGUUUCAUUCUGCCUCUCGGAGUAAUAUUCUACUGCUAUGGGAGGCUGCUGCGGAAGCUCCGAAAGGUGUCCCAUGGGCGUCUGGCCACCGCCAGGAAGCCUGAGCGACAGGUGACGCGCAUGGUUGUGGUGAUGAUCGUGGCCUUUAUGGUGGGCUGGACGCCGUACGCGGCCUUCUCCAUCCUGGUGACGGCCCACCCGACCGUAGAGCUCGAUCCCAGGCUGGCCGCCAUCCCCGCCUUUUUCUCCAAGACAGCUGCGGUCUACAACCCUAUCAUCUACGUCUUCAUGAACAAACAGUUCAGGAAGUGUCUGAUCCAGCACUUCACCGGCAUGGGUGUCAUCCCAGAGAGCAACUUGAAUCAGACCUCAGAGCGUCCCGGAAUAACUGCUGAGAGCCAAACAGGAGAGAUGUCGGCCAUUGCCGCCCGCAUCCCCGUGGGCGGCACAGCGUCGCCCAGAUCCGACGACUCCCAGACGGACUGUGGCUCAUUUGCUCAGCUUCCCAUUCCGGAGAACAAAGUGUGUCCACUGUAACAUAGGUCUCAUCCCAGUAGGUGUUCAUUCUCCCAGAGAAUCCAUAUUAAUCUUUCUGUCAUCAAGCCACCGUAUGCUCCAGUAACUCUUUGGACUCCAGAAAGGGAUUGAAAAUGAUUUGUCAGUUUCUUGGGAAAAAGAGAGGGAGAGAGCUUGAACUUUUGAAGGAUUUAAAGUUGUUUAAAAUUGUUCUGGAACUUUGAAAAAGUUUUGUUUUUUGUUUUUAAAAAGUGACAAUGAAGGCAAAGCCCAUGAACUGAAGAAAGAGAAAAGCUUCAAGCUUUUCCCACAAGGUACCUAGUAAAUAUUUGCUUGCUUGACACUCCUCUGUCCUGGUAAUCUAGAAUGUCUGUGUUCUCCUGACUCUCAUUGCAUGCCCGGCAGUCUGCAAUUAAAUUUCAAUAAAAGAAUGGACUGCAAAAAACACAAACCUUGACAUCAGUAAGUCAAGGGCCCGCCACUUUUUUUUUUCUUUUUUUUUUAAACAGAAUGCAUCAAGGCUUUCAUCUUGUCCUUGCCUUAUCUUUUAAAGCCCCAUGAUGCAGCCUGCAUAGAGAGCAUUGUUUUUCUAUGCUGUUUCAGUAUUGGCUUUGGCAGUAUGCUUCAUUCAUGUUUGGAGCUGUCUUUGAAUUUGGAUGCUUUCCCAUUCCUGGGCUAGUUUGGGUCAAGGCUUUUGUCUUGAGUUGACUUGAGGAUGCCAGCCUCCCGUUACCCCUUUUGCAAAUGUAGGAGGGCAACAUGUUUAUGAAGCAUCAGCUCACACAACUCUGUACGACACACACGUAUACAUGCAGUAAAUAUACAUGAGGACACACACAUUUCAGGAUAUAUACACAGAUCGCUGUUUGCUUUUAUAAGUUACACAGUCACUGUGAAGAUAACUACGAUAGCUCUGUGUUUGUACAUCACACCAACAGAUCAGCAGCAAUAUAAAAGCUAGAUAAUGUCCCAUGUAUAAGCACUACAGCAUUAGCUACAGUAGCUGUAGCACUAAGUGUUAAACUGUCUUCUUCUUGACUUUGUUGUGCAUGUUUGUUCACUGUUACUGGGUAUUUGUCGAGGCUCUGUCACAGUUAAUGUAAAAAAAAAGAAGAAAAAGUAACACUAUGGUGUCUGUGUUCAAUGUGCUGUGUUUCCUGGUCAUGUUUGGAUGUAUUGUCCAAAGUAACAUUCAGCACCUCAAAGACCAGAUCGUCCUCGUCAGACUCAUAGUGACGGCGUGAUAUAAUCAACAGGAUAAGGAUUAACAGGAUAACAGGAUAAGACAAGAGUGUGUUGAAGAGGACGAAGAAUCGGACUCCAUUACACAGCCGAAUGCUGCAGAGAAUUAAGGACAUUAGCAAACAUUCUAACUUCGUCAGUUCCAGAAGUUUGAGUUUUUUUUUGUUGUUGUCAGUGUGUCAUUUGGGAUUGUCAGUUCUUAAAAUGCCUAUGUUUACUGAAAAGGUUCAUCGUGUGUCAAAAUCAUGCAAUAUACAGGAACAGGACCUGGAUUAUAUUUUUUUCGUUGCUUUGGUGAUUGUAUAAACAUUUAAAUGAUCAGCUCAAAUGUGCAAAUGUUCAGGCCACAUUUCAGGGUUUGUCAGAAUCGAGGGCCACUGCUGAAUUACACUUUGUUUAUGUACGGCAACAGUUCCCGUUGUGUCUUUUAUGUUGGGGUGUUAUGAAUAUGUCCGUCCGUCCAUGGAUAAACAGCAGCGUAUCCAUCUCCUCUGUUGUUGCAGCAUAUAAAGCAUUUACAAAGGCACCCUUUUGUAGACUGUCUUGGUUUCCAGGAACGGUUUCCGGAGAGAAAGGAGAGAAAAUGACAGGUUUUCAAGAUAACAUAUUUCCAAUCAGAAACUUAAAAUAAGACACGGCUUUUAGUAGGCAGUGGAAUUAAUGAGACCCGUCUCUUGUUGUUACCGCAUUAAACUACAUUUUACGGCUCAAAGUUUUGACUGGGCAGGAGGUGUUUGGACGUGAAUUCAGGAAUGUUCCAGUGAGCCAUGAAGUCCAGUAAAAACUUAAUUGCGGUGACAUCAUAAUUGUGUAACAAAGAAACAUGAGAACAAAAGGUGAGCAUGUUACCUUUCAUGUAGCCAAAAAUCUGGUGGAGUAAAUAAAACUGAGUAAUGAAGUGAAUAAGAAACAGAAAUGUAAUUCUGAUUAGGUGCUCUUUUUCAUUUUGAGUCUUUAAAUGGACGGUGUGUGUAACAUUUUGUCACAAUCCAUUUUCUGAGCUUUUCUACCAUAAACACGCUUACCUGUCGGCCAUGUAGAUUCAGUUUGUGUGUAGUUUCUUGUAUGUAGACGCACUGCCUUGAAGAUCCGACAGGAUAUAAAUCAAAAAGGUUCGUUGCAGAGUGGGGUAUUCUGGUGGAAGGAUUAUGCACCACAGUGUAAGCUUUUAAGGACAAGGACCACUUUUGGCCCAUAAAUUUGCCCCAUAACUCUUAUUUCUUAUCUCAUCAGUUGUUUCCUCUGUGUGCUGUGUUCUCCCAAGUCUCAGCAUUAAAGUAUGCGUUUUGAAGUGUGAUGUUAAACUAUUUUCCUGUAUUGGUACGUCACAAUUACUGUCAUCCUUGCCUUUUAAACACAGGGUGAAUCCA